UCUAAGUUAAAACAUUGCGUAUAUCGAUUAAUUAAUGAUUAAUUAUAAAAAAGCUCAGAUAUUAAAAAUACCGAUAAGUGUUUUCUAAAUGUAAUUAGCAAUCGGUGGUUUGACAGUUCAAAACAUAAAAGUGACAUAUUGUAAGUUGUCAGACAACUUGUCGAUUAAAUUCAGUGUAUCCAAAUGUUAACAAAUGAAUAAGACUAAAAACUAAGAAUAACUACGUAAGAUAAUUAAAUAUUUAUACGUUCCAAUUCAAAUAUUGUUAACUAACAUUAUAAUUAGAUUUUAGAACAAGAAUAUGCCAAAUAGAGAUCAAGAUAAAUAUUCAACUAGACACUCUCAUCUUUAAACGUUUAUAAAACAGUGACGCCACAAAAAUAAAGAUUUUGCGUGGGAGGUUUUAAAUAGUAAAGUCCCUAGUUUUGACAACUCCGUAACUAAGUCUUGAAAGACAAAAGUACGAUGAAUUCUUUGUAAAUAGUAGCAAAAUGAGUGAUUUAUUUAAGUCAGCUUUCGAGUAUUUUAGUGCGUCUAGCGUUAGCCAAUACAGUGAUAACAGUUUUGUUGGACAAGUAAUAGAAGUAUCUAAUGUAAAAUUAAAAAUUAAAAAAGUUAUAUCAGAAGGUGGGUUUGCGGUGGUUUUUGUGGCCCAGGAUGUAGCCACAGGAAAGGAAUAUGCAUUAAAAAGACUGCUGGGGGCUGAUGAAGAAGCAAAGAACAACAUACACAAGGAAAUAGAAUUAUUAAAGAAAGUCUCUGGACAUCCAAAUAUAAUACAAUUUUUGACAUUUCAUUAUACAGAAAGAGCAAAAACAACCCAUGGACAACAUGAAUUUUUAUUGAUCACUGAACUUUGUCCAGGUGGCUCAUUAAGUGAAAUUUUACAAGCCAGAACCAGUCCUUUUGAUGCAGACACAAUUGCCAGAAUUUUUUAUCAGAUAUGUAAGGCAGUCUCUCAUAUGCAUUCUCAAGCACCACCAAUUAUUCACAGAGAUUUGAAAAUAGAGAAUUUAUUAAUUAGCUCUGAAAGUACCAUAAAACUAUGUGAUUUUGGAUCUGCCACUGUUGAGGUUUUCAGACCAGACCUCACUUGGUCUGCUAAUCAACACUCUGCUUUGGAGGAGAAUAUGUCAAGAUUCACGACACCAAUGUACAGAGCCCCUGAAAUGGUUGAUACUUGGAACAACUAUUACAUAGGAACGCCCGUGGACGUGUGGGCAUUGGGGUGCAUCUUAUACACGCUGUGUUACAUGAAACAUCCAUUUGAAGAUAGUGCAAAGCUUAGAAUCAUGAAUGGCAACUAUACAUUACCACAGGACCCAAAAUACAACUGCUUCCAUGACAUCAUAAAGGGUUGUUUGCAAGUGAAUCCCGAAAAAAGAAUAACGGUGUCCGCUUGUCUGGAAAGAGUGGCCGCGAUCGCGGAGACGAACGGUUACAAUUUAAGGGUACCAUUGAUUUUGCAUCAGACCCAACCGGAUCCGCCGGUCGCCGAUAAUAAGAACGGUGUUAGGCCGCCACCACCCAGACCUGCCCCACCUUCGCCAGCUCAUCAGCCACCUGCCAGACCACCUCAACCGGUUCCUCCAAGACCUAUUGCAAAGGAUUGUUCUGCACAAUCUGAUAUGCCACAAAGACCCGCCCCUAACGUUCCCCCUCCACAACCUAGACAGCAGGAUGUCAAACAGACAGGAUUGUUUUCUUCCCUAAAAGGAGGGGCAGGUAGCUUUUUGAAGAAUCUCAAAGACACUAGCACAAAAGUCAUAACUUCUGUUCAACAAACAAUGGGACGCACCGACCUGGACAUAAACUACAUAACGUCGCGCAUCAUCGUUAUGCCGUAUCCGUCCGAAGGCCUUGAGUCCGCCUACAAGACGAAUCACAUCGAAGAUGUGCGCAUGUUUCUCGACGCCCGCCAUCCCAAUUACAAAUAUUCGGUGUACAAUCUGUCGCGCAAACCGUACCACUCUAAAUUCGGGCAGGCACGCGUCGUCGAUUGUUCGUUCGCCUACUCCGAACACUUCCGGGCACCCCUGCUCAACUCCAUGUACCAGCUCUGCGAGGACAUUUAUCAGUAUCUUGCAGGUGACAGCAGGAAUGUGGUGGUGAUACACUGCACUGAUGGCAAGGCAACGUCGGCCACAUUGGUUUGCGCACUGCUUAUUUACGCCGGUCUUGUCGAGGUUCCGGAAGACGCUUUGCAAAUGUUUGCUGUAAAAAGAUGCCCACCCAAUAUGCAAGCAUCUAAUCUGCGGUACUUGUAUUACUUAACUAAUAUAGUCGGACAUCCAACGACAUAUCCACACUACAAGCCAGUAACUUUAGUUUCCAUACAACUUCAGCCAGUUCCACUCUUCACCAAAGUUCGCGAUGGAUGUCGACCGUAUAUAGAAGUAUAUAGCGAAAACCGCUGCCUUUUAUCAACGUUGCAAGACUAUGAAAAGAUGAGACUGUAUAAUCUAGCUGAGGGAAAGUGUUUGCUGCCCAUUAACGUAACAGUAUGUGGCGACGUUUGUGUGAUAGUAUACCAUGCCAGAAACAUACUUGGUGGUGUAAUGUCUCAAGGCAAAGCUACUGGUAUUAAAAUAUGUCAAAUUCAAUUCCACACUGGUUAUAUUCCUGAGGAAGAGACAUCUCUUCGUUUUUCAAAGGCUGACCUCGAUGAAUUGUCUGAAAAUAACGAGCAUUACCAAGAUAGAUUCACGGUGACGUUAAACGUUUUCGUGACUGACACAGAGAGACGUCCAGCUCAACCUGCUCCCUGGCAAACUGAUCAAACCCAACGUGUCGCAGAUACGAUGUUUACUUCGCAAUUGGAACAUGACGAAACAGUAGACAAUUUCGUUUCAAAACAACUUCGAAGGAAGACGAGCUCACCAAAAGUCCCUCCACAAAGGCCAGCUAGGCCUGCCCCGCCUCCUGUUUUAGCUACGAAAUUAACGGGAGAGAAAAAUUCAAGUGAUUCAGAUUCGGAGCCGAUCGUGAACAACGCAACACCACCCCCACGUAGGCCUCCUCCUCAGGUAACCAAACCACUAGAGGAAGCUGUGGACCUGCUGAACCUCAACUCAACCCCUGCAGUGGCCAGUACAAUCAAACAAUCGCCCAGCACCAAUUUCGAUUUGCUGAGCGGCUUCGGCGACGCCAACACCAAUGCAACUAGUACCGACAACUUCGGUUCGUUCAAUGACGGACCCAGUCAAAAUGCUGGAGCUGCCAAAUCGGACGAUUUGUUCGAUCCUUUCGGAACAACGGGCGAAGGGGAUGGAAAUUUAUUAGGAGGAUGGGGUAAUUUUAAUUCCACUGCAACAAGUACCGCAAGCAGUGCUGGUAUACAACAAAAUCAAAAUGCAACAAAACCUCCGGAUUUAUUCGCCGACUUGGGCAAUCUGGGAAGUGGAUUUAAUUUGGGAGGUCCAUCGUCUAAUAACGGUACUCACACGCCGAAUAGAGCACCGCCAACAACUCCUCAACAUGCGCCCCAACAACCGCCACCUCAAAAGCAACAGAUGAAGUCUCCCGAUUACAGUAGAUCUCACUUUGAGCCAGUAAACAAUAAAAACGGCCAGAACAACGCAACCGAACCAAAAGCCAAAAAGAGUGAAGAUGUGUUUGGAGAUUUGCUCGGGUCACAGGGAUACUCGUUCACAGCGAAAAAAGAUCAGGGCCCCAAAACCAUUAAUGCGAUGCGUAAGGAAGAGAUGCAAACCUACAUGGAUCCAGAAAAACUCAAAGUUAUGGAAUGGAAAGAGGGAAAAAAGAAUAAUAUCCGAGCGUUGUUAUGUUCGAUGCACACAAUAUUAUGGGAAGGUACAAAAUGGAAUAAAUGUGAGAUGCAUCAAUUAGUCUCCGCAGCCGAUGUAAAGAAGGCGUAUAGAAAAGCUUGUCUUGCAGUGCAUCCUGAUAAGCAAGUGGGAACUGACAAUGAGAAUCUUGCGAAACUGAUUUUUAUGGAGUUAAAUAAUGCUUGGAGCGAUUUUGAAAAUGAUGCUUCGCAACAGAAUAUGUUUGCCUCUUAAGGAUGUGAUUUUAUCUUUUCUCGGUCAACUGCAUUCCACGUAUUUACUCCCUGGAAGUUUUAUAUUUGAUUUCUAUUUUAACGACUCUUCCUUACGCAUAUCGAUAAUAAACUGUAUUUUUAAUCGUAACUCUAAAGAAUCUUCAUGCAAAUAUCACCUAUGGAUAUUAUUAUAAAUAGACAAUAUGAAAAUUUACAGUAGACUGUAACUUUAGAGAUAUUGUUGUUAAAAAUAAAAAAUAUAUGAUA